AUGGCCUGUUGUCAAACCAGUUUCUGUGGGUUUCCCAGCUUCUCCACUUGUGGGACCUGUGGCCCUAGCUGCUGCCAGCCCAGCUGCUGCCAGCCCAGCUGCUGCCAGCCCAGCUGCUGCCAGCCCAGCUGCCCACCCACCUGCUGCUGCGGCCCUAGCUGCUGCCAGCCCAGCUGCUGCCAGCCCAGCUGCUGCCAGCCCAGCUGCUGCCAGCCCAGCUGCCCACCCACCUGCUGCCAAACUAGCUUCUGUGGCUUUCCCAGCUGUUCCACUGGUGGGACCUGUGGCUCCAGCUGCUGCCAGCCCACCUGCUGCCAAACUAGCUGCGGUGGGCUUGGUAGUGGCAUUGGCUGUGGCCUGGAGGGUGGCUCUGGAGGUAUGACCUGCCGUGUCAGGUGGUGCCGCCCAGAUUGCCGCAUUGAGGGCACCUGCCUGCCCCCCUGCUGUGUGGUGAGCUGCACUCCCCCAACCUGCUGCCAGCUGCACCAUGCCCAGGCCUCUUGCUGCCGCCCAUCCUACUGUGGACAGUCCUGCUGCCGCCCAGCCUGCUGUUGCCAGCCCACCUGCUGCCAGCCCAGCUGUUGUGAGCCCACCUGUUAA